GUCAAAACAGGCAUAUUAAAAUUGAAAACAUUGAAAUUUUUCAAAAGUCCAAAUCAAAACAAACCGUAGCAUUGGCAAAAUAUUACGUAAUUAUUAAAGUAUAAUGAAAUAAACAUGAACACACGUGCGUAUCCCUGUGUUCGGCCUAGUCCUUUUCAUUGGCAAUGUAUAAAUAAUUUUGUAGUUCGAACUAUUGUGACUAAAUCAGCUCGGAAAGAUCUUGAGGACAGUUACAAGCUUUUAAACAUACCUUCCGACUCUAAUCAAGAAACAGUGCGACAGGCUUUUCUGGACUUGGCGAAAAAAUAUCACCCAGAUUCGAAAUCGCCAGAGGCUAACAUCGAAAAAUUUGUAGCAGUUGAGAAUGCAUUUCGAAUUCUCUCUAAACAUAAUACCGGUUCCAGCAAAAAGGAAGAGGUUGAGAAAAUUGUUUUUGAUAUAAGGCAUACAGCACCACAACAUCGUCAGUACUUAAGCUUUGAAGGAGUAGGACAUGGAACACCUUUUCAACGCCAGAAGCAAUGGGCACAAGUCAAGGCACAAAAAGCUGCCAUCAAUGUUAUGGAACACAGAAUAUCUAAGGCUGUUGCUACUGAUAAUGCAUUAAUGAAGAAGGAGCCAUCAAAGAAACAUGAUAUAAAAACAAAAUAUGGCUUUGAUAGACUUGUUGAAGAUCUUAUCCAAGAAUCAAUGUCAAAAGGGGAAUUUGAAAAUUUAAGUGGCAAAGGAAAACCAUUAAAAGAUCAAAAUAGGAAUCCAUAUGUUGAUUUCACAACACAUAAAUUAAAUGAGGUUUUAAUUAACAAUGGUUUUACUCCAGAAUGGAUAACAAUGAGCAAAGAGAUUGAUCAAGACAUUGAACUUUUGAAGGAGGAAAUAAGAAAUGAGAGAAUGUAUUUAGGUCCAUAUCCAUUAAAGGAAGAAGACCUAAAGAAAUGGGAAUACAUAUAUGAAAGCAAUAGGAAUUUAGCAAAAUCCAUAAACACUAAAAUUAAUACAUAUAAUCUGAUUGUUCCUUUACUUAAUAAACAAAAAUUUCAUGUAGAAUUUGAUAAUAUUUGUGAAGAUAUUUUGAAAAAUGGUCAACACUCAGUGAAAGUAAAAGAAAAAGUUAUAGAGCAAGUUCAGACUGCUAAUAUCACAGAAAAUGACGAUUUUAUGGGCAUUUUGUUUAAAGCAUUUGGUGAAUUAAUUAAUUUUAAUCCAGACAAAAAGAAAGGGAUGAACAAUUAAUAGUCCAUUCAGCUUUUACCUAGUUGUAGAAAAUCUGUGAUAUUAAUUAUAACACAUGCCUUCACAAAAUAAAGGCACGUCUGAUUUAAAAUUUUAUAUUUUGAGAAAUAAAAGCAAUGUGCAAU